CACUCAACCAGUUUAUGUUUUGCUAUCUGUGGUUUUUCAUUUCUCAAUGAGUUUGGGAGGGGUAGAAUGCGUGUGUAUUUCUGAUUCCGGAUUUAUGCUUUAAUUUAUUAUGUAUUGUCGUUUAAUAGUGUGUACGUUGUGAUAUUGCGAAAAUGUGUGUUGAAUGAACAGAUAUAUGUAGUGUAAUAUACUUUGCUCAGUUUCUUUCUAUUAUAUGGGCGUUGAUAAUCAUGCAAAAUGGCCAACGAUUUGUGGUCAUGUACCUGUUGUACGGAGGCUCUUACGUGUUGGUUGCGCCUAAAACUGUCGCCGGAGGAAAUAGAGCAGCGAUACAGGAGCAAAGAAAUAGAUAAAAUACUAGAGAAAGAAAAACAGACGUUACGGCGACAGGUAAAACUAUUAUUGCUCGGUGCGGGUGAAAGCGGAAAGUCAACAUUCCUGAAACAGAUGAGGAUAAUACACAAAGUGAAGUUUGAGCCGGAACUGGUGCGAGAGUACCAGCAUGUGAUAUACCAGAACAUAGUGAAGGGGAUUCAGGUGUUGGUGGACGCGAGGGAUAAGCUCGCUAUACCGUGGGAGAACCCGAGGAAUUUGGACAUCGGUCAGCAGGCGCUGCACUUCAACAGUACGUCAUCAUUGGACAGUCGGCUGUUCGUGCAUUACGCGCCGCAUAUACACUCGCUGUGGUUAGACAGAGCCAUAAAAAGGGCUUAUGACAGGCGGAGAGAAUUUCAAUUGAGUGAUUCGGUGAGUUAUUUCUUCGAUGAACUGGAGCGCAUUGCGAGACCUGACUACAUUCCCUCCCACCAAGACAUCUUGCACUGUCGGAAGGCCACGAAGGGCAUCACGGAAUGCACCAUCAACAUCAACAAUGUGCCAUUUGUAUUUGUCGACGUGGGGGGGCAGCGGACGCAGCGGCAGAAGUGGACGCAGUGCUUCGAUUCCGUCACGUCCAUACUCUUCCUCGUCUCCUCUUCAGAGUUCGACCAGGUCUUGUCGGAAGACAGGAAAACGAACCGCCUAGAAGAGGCUUUAAAUAUCUUCGACACGAUCGUGAACAACGUUAACUUCAAAGGCAUCUCGAUCAUCUUGUUCCUAAACAAGUCGGACCUGCUGGCGCGGAAGGUGGCCAGCAAGGAGACAGACAUCCGCUGGUUCUACCCGCAGUUCGCGGGCGACCCGCACAACCUGCGCGACGUGCAGAUGUUCCUGCUCAACAUGUUCGCCAACGUCCGCCGGGAGCCCAAGACGACGCUCUACCACCACUUCACCACCGCCAUCGACACCCACAACAUAGAGGUCGUAUUCAACUCCGUCAAAGACACUAUCCUCAAUCGUAACCUAGAAUCGCUCAUGCUGCAGUGACCGACCAAACGAACUGUAACGACGGAAUUGUUAAAUUGUGAUAUCUGGCAAUAUUCUGAUUUCGUGAUUCCACUUCGCGACUGUUUUCCAUUAUUGUGUAUUGUUUCUAUGAUUUGCAUAAUAGUGUAAAACACAUUUGAAAAGACAAAGAAUGUGAUGUUGAUGAUGGCCUAACGGUCUGUUAGAGCGGCUCUGUAUAAAUGUAAUAUGACAUGUAUUUAUUUACCAAACGUAUGGGGUUUGGUAAAACUAUGUACCUUAGUGUAAUGUAUUGUAAUUAUAAAAUUUGUAUAUCAGUAUAUUUAUGACCAAAAAUGUAGAUUUUGCACGUGAACGAUAUUAUUAUGAUCACUUUGAUGAUAUGAACACGCGCGUCCACGCCGGAUGGACGCUCCGUAGUGCAGUAUCGUAACACGCAACACGUAAGUGCGCAAUAUUGUAAACGUAGUGAAUUAGAUAAAGUGCGGUAAGCCAGGGGGAUUUUUGUACUUUUGCCGUUUUCUAUAAUGUUUUCUUGAUGAUUGUAGAUUCUUUUAUACUGAUUACACUUUAACCAGCUUGCGAUUGUACUAGUGAUCGGCUUGACGGUUUCAUUUGAGUAAAUUAUGAAAAAAAUUGCCAUGUAACC